AUGAGCUCGAGUUCAGCCAACUGGCGCUUCACGGUCGCGUCGCUCGACAGCGAACCGGACGCAACGCCUUCAUCGCGCCCCUCCACCUCAACGCCACCAACAGACACGUCGCCACCAUCGACCUGGGGCCGCCUGCGUGGCCUCGGCGGACGGAUCACGCGCUCGCGCGCUGACCUGCGCGCAAUUGUCCGCGCCGAGGUCGCUGCUGCCGCCGCUCCCGCCCCCGCGUCACCCGUUUCGAGCCACUACUCGUCGCCAUCGAUCGACUUCACGGCCGACCCGUUCGCCGCCGCACUCGGACCGAACCCGUACGAGAACACGUAUGGCUUCAGCUACAGCUGCGACCCGCGUCUAUCGCCCCCUCAGCCGCCCACGCCUACGCGCGCCACCUUCCCCCAGCAGCCGGCACCGCGUGGCCACUCGCGUAGCGCGUCCAAGUCGUCGACGAUGAGCUCGAGCUCGAACGCGUCGUCCAUCUCCAACUCGUCGCGCGUGUCGCAGGUCGCUGCGCUCGGGUUCAAGCGCUCCGAGGCGAGCUGGGCGCUGCGCCACCCACGAACCAAUGGCGACGUUCGCGCGGCGGCCGAGCUGCUCGCACACAUUGCGCAUCUCGGUACCAGCUUUGAAGACGGAGCCAGGCGGCGCUGUAGGCUGUGCCGCGAGGAAGAGGAGGAGGAUAUUGAGCGCGCGCGAGAUGCUUUCCUGCGUACGCGGUAG